CUGCUUCUGAAGGGGUGGAUCGCCUCAGUCGUCGGCGGCAUUGGAAACAUAUACGGCGCGAUAGUCGGCGGAUUCGUGCUGGGCCUGAUUGAGCAGUUCGGCAUCUGGGACCUGGCCGGAGAGUGGAAGGACGCCAUUUCGUUCGUCCUUCUCAUACUCUUCCUGUCGUUCUGGCCCAACGGCCUGCUGCCCAGAAAGGAAAAAGAAUUGUUGAUGAACAAACAGCUCUUCAAUGACUUCGCG